GCACAGUCCUAGAUUGCACCUCAGGGAACGAGGAGGACUUUGGUGCAGCUUUCAGUCGCAAGAUUCUUUCUAUUAUCAGUCCGUGCUCAGUCUUGCAAGGGAAUACAUCAGCUCCUCGACUCUCCUUGCCGUUUGGGUUUAAGGCAGAAAUCCAGGAGACACCAUGGGAGGCAAGCUGAGCAAGCGGAAGAAGGGGUACGAUGUCAGCGACCCAAAGGACAAGAAGGAGGAGAUUACUGUGGCUGCUGUGAGUGCCGUUGAGGCCGUGACCCAUGUUGUGGAGAGCAAAGCACCAGCUCCGGUCGCUAAGUUGGCAGCGAAGACUGCUCCUAAAGUGUCUGCUGCGGUGGAGGGAGCAGUGGAGUCGACAGUGGUAGCCAUCACAGAAGCGACAGAAGAGGCACUGUCAGCUAUAGAGGCCGUGGCCAAGGGGGCCACCGCAGAGCCAGCGGCUGUACCAGAUGAACCUGUGGCAGCACCGGCAGAACCAGCGCCAGCAGCAGAAGAACCAGCGACUUCAGAAGAACCAGCCACAGCACCAGAGGACCCAGCGCCAGCUGCAGCACCAGAAGAACCUGCAGCCUCAGGAGAGCCAGUGGAUGCACCGGAAGAACCUGCAGCAGUAGCAGAGGAACCAGCCGCAGCACCAGAAGAACCUGCAGCCCCAGAAAAGCCAGUGGCGGCACCGGAAGAGCCUGCGCCAGCAGCAGAAGAACCGGUGGCUUCAAGAGAACCAGCUGCAGCACCAGAGGACCCAGCGCCAGCUGCAGCACCAGAAGAACCUGCAGCCUCAGAAGAGCCAGUGGAUGCACCGGAAGAACCUGCAGCAGUAGCAGAGGAACCAGCCGCAGCACCAGAAGAACCUGCAGCCCCAGAAAAGCCAGUGGCGGCACCGGAAGAACCUGCGCCAGCAGCAGAAGAACCGGUGGCUUCAAGAGAACCAGCUGCAGCACCAGAGGACCCAGCGCCAGCUGCAGCACCAGAAGAACCUGCAGCCUCAGAAGAGCCAGUGGCAGCACCGGAAGAACCUGCAGCAGUAGCAGAGGAACCAGCCGCAGCUCCAGAAGAGCUUGCAGCUCCAGAAGAGCCCGUGGCAGCACCGGAAGAACCUGCAGCAGCUGAGGAACCAGCGGCAUCACCAGAGGAACCUGCGGCAGCACCAGAGGAACCUGCGGCAGCAACAGAUAAAACAGAGGCACCGGAAGAACCAGCGGCACUAAAGGAACCAGCGGCUGCACCAAAAGAGCCUGCAGUGGAAGAGCCUGUACCAGAAGAGCCUGUACCAGAAGAGCCUGCAACAGCACCAAAAGAACUUGCACCAGAAGAGCCUGCAGCAGCCCAAAAACAACCUGCACCAGAAGAGCCUGCAGUAGCACCAAAAGAGCCUGCAGUGGAAGAGCCUCCAUCAGAAGAGCCUGCGGCAGCACCAAAAGAACCUGCACCAGAGGAGCCUGAGGCAGCACCAAAAGAGCCUGCACCAGAAGAGCCUGUGGCAGCCUCUGUGGAGCUAGCUGCAGCACCAGAAAAUGCUUCUGAGGCUACAGAACAAGCCACAGAAGUGACAGCCGAGAUUACAGACACUACAGAACCAGAGCCUGCCGCUCCAGAGCCUGAAACAGAGACUGUUACAGGGAAGGCCCCAGAAACUGAGGCUGUGGUCGAGGCACCAGUAGAGGCAGAAGCAGCUUCACCCGCCCCGGAGGAGGAGCCUGCAUCAGUUGCAGAAGCCGUGUCAGAGUCAGCCACAGAGGCAGCCGCAGAGCCAGAGGCAGAUUCCAUCCCACAACCAGCCGCUGAAGAGCUCCCCCUACCUGUAGAAGAAUCCGUAGCAGAGCUUGAAUCUGAAGCUGCUGAUGCAGUAACUGAAGCAGCAGAGCCAGAUGCUGCCGACAUCGCAGAACCCAUCCCGGAGAUCAUCAUUUCAGAAUCUGCUGCACCUGCUGCUGCAGAGGAGGCCAGCGCUGAGCAAGAGGAGGCUGUGCUGGACAACAAGGAAGUUGUUUCCUCAGUGGAGGCUACUGCUGAGCCUUCUGCCCCUGAGGUCAAUGGGGAGUGUCAGGAGCAGGCGGUCGAGCCGGCUGCCGUGUCUGCCCCGGAGCCACAGCAAAAGGAAUGUGUCAAUGGCAUUGACAAGCCAGAGGAUGCCGUUGAGGUGCAAAGUUACUGCGAAUUAAAAAAGAACUUGAACCUGCCUGGCGACAUCCAGAUUCCUGAGGCAAUCGGUGAGGCAAUAAGUCAGGCUGUAGACUUGGUCUGAAGCUAAUAUAAAUGUGAUGUACCUAAUGAUCCGAAAAAACCUUCAACACAAGCUUCUGAAGAUAAAUAUAAAAAUGUCUGUUGUGGCAAACGAGUUUCCGAUUAACCAAAAGGAAAUACAACCACUCAAGUGUAGAGAGGGGGAGUGAGAUACAUGUAGGAAGAGAUGUGAGACAUGGAUGCAGUGUGCCCUACUGAGUCUUUGUGCCCCACAUGUCAUUGUAGAGGGGCGGCCUGUGUUUGCAGCAUUUGUGGUGAGAUGAAAGCCAGCGAAAUUUGAGGGAUGAGUAUAGGAAAACAGGACAACAGAGCAAAGAAACGUGACAUUGGAAAUGUUGAAUGGAAUGAAUAGUCUUGUCUUUGUGUGUGAGGCUGAUGAAUAUUAAAAAUGUUUUUUUUUUGGAAUAGUAUCCAAUAGUGAUCUAAUUUAGACAUAUCCUUUCCUUAACUAUAUGAAAAAAUAAUGGAUGAAAAGUUUUGGCCUUUUAUAGUGGUGCAAACAUUGAGGAAUGUUCAUUGAUGGCUUGGAGAAUAAAAAAAGACUGUUAUACCUGA